UUAGUAAACUACACUUUGCCCAUCACAUUCACUUCUCUCUCUCUCUCUCUCUCUCUCUCUCUCUCUCUCUCUCUCUCUCUCUCUCUCUCUCUCUGAGUCUGCUUUUACAUUUUUACCCUUUGUCUUUCUCUCUCCCCCACUCACUAGAAAAGGAGAGUAUCCCGGCCAUCCCUCUCGCUCAAGCCUCCACAAUUUGCACAAACAAAGAAACGAGAGGGAAAGGAGAAAGAGAGGGCUCUUUAUCACUCUCUGCAGCAACAAGUGUAGCAGGACAGGCCGAGACCCAAGCUCCAGUGAGAGUGAGAUCGAUGGAGCUCUUCCCUUCCCAGCCGGAUCUCUCCCUUCAGAUCGGCCUCCCCACCAGCGCCACGCCGCACGACCACCACCACCAUGCCGCCGCCGCCGCCCUCAACGCCAGGUUCUUCGCCGCGGCAGGCGGCGGCGGGAACGGGGUUGGCAACCCGGCGGCCAUGGCGCCGUCGCUGCAGCUGCCCAUGCCCGUGCCGCUGCCGCUACCGGUGCAGCUGCCCAUGCCCCCCAGCGCCGCCGCCGGCGCGGCCGGGCUGUACUACCACCCUGACGCCUCCAUGCUGCGGCCCAUCCGCGGCGUGCCGCUGUACCAGCACCCGCACACGCACGCGGUGCCGCCGACGUUCCCGCCGCACGCGGCGGCGGCGGGGCCGUGCUUCUGCGAGCCGUGCCACGUCGCGGCGGGCGCCUGGCGCCGCGCCGGGUGCGGCGCCGGCGCGCGUGUCGCCGGGUUCCCCCCGGCCAAGCGCGCCGCCAGGGCGCCGCGCAUGCGCUGGACGUCCACGCUCCACGCGCGCUUCGUCCACGCCGUCGAGCUCCUCGGCGGCCACGACCGGGCGACGCCGAAGUCAGUUCUUGAGCUCAUGGACGUGAAGGAUCUCACCCUGGCUCAUGUCAAGUCGCACUUGCAGAUGUACAGGACCGUGAAGAACACCGAAAGGCCGGCAGCUUCGUCAGAUCAAGCUGAUGGGUUCGAGAACGGGUCGGCCGGCGAGAUCUGCGACGACAACUCGCUCGACCUGCACGGCUACGGCGGCGGCGGCAGCGGCAGGCCGGAGUCGGCGGCGGCCGCGGCUCGGCAUGGAAGGUUAGCUGCCUGUAACGAUCAUGGGAGCAGCACCGGUGCUCAUGGUGCCCUCUGGAAUAGCUCAUCAAGGGAGGACUGGACCGGCUUCCCAAGCGAGUCCAACACUGGGAGCAUGCAUUCUCUCAAGGAGCAGAUGCAGUCCAAGAGCCUUGAGAUCCUCUCGGACAUGAACUCCUGCGUGUCGGAGACAACGUCCAGCACCAGCGAGCUCAACCUCGAGUUCACCCUGGGGCGGCCGCAGAACCGGCCAAACUGAGGUCGAUCGGACCACCUCACCGCAAGCUCUAACUGGAGAUCGCCGCCGUCGUCGUCAUCGCCGUCGCCGACAAGGAUUAGCUAGCUAGGGGGCGCUUUCCAUGUUCAUGGAUCAUGUGUUAAGAUGGACGCAUGGUCCCAAAGAGGGGGCGGCAUCAUCUUUCACUGUUAAAAGGAGGCCAUGGACAGGGAGCAGCAAAAGGAGGAGGAGGGGAACUAAAGGCAGCUAGGGUGGUAGAGAUUGAUCGCGAUCGAAAGCAGCUCAUCUGCAGUGUGUAAUGGAGUUGUUGUUAGCGUUUAGGAUCGAUCUAAUCUGUUAAAGGGGUAGCUUUUUUGGAGCAGGAAUGCGUGCAUGAGCUCUCUCUCUCUAGGGGCCGGAGUCGAAAGGAGAAAAAAGAGGGCGACCUGUGCCGUUGCUUUCUCCUGCAUCCGUCACAUGCCAAAGCAUUUUAUGAGCUCGAUUUGCUCUAUGUGUGAUGAGCUUAAUUAGCUUUAGUUUGAUAAGGUGAUCACCAAUUGUUGCAACGUUUGCUUACUGCUCCGAGCUGAAAAUGUCUGUGAGCAGGUUCACAGA